UUUAUAGUAUUUCCUGUUCCGGUUUUCUAAACGCGUAAACAGAGGUUUGAAAACAUACAUUUGGCAUUUGCUUCCAAGAGAGCAAAGAUUGUUUUUUUUCUCUUAGAAAUAGCUUAGGUUUAUAUUUUUGGAAAUGCACAGACCGGAUUUCAGACAACCCGGUCCGGGCGGAAUGGGAUCGCGAGGUGGUUUCAGAAGCCCGACAGGAUUCGACAACAGCGCGGUGGGAAUGCAUCCGUCUCCACCGUGGGGAUUUCGUGGUGGUCCACCUCCGUCUUUUGGACCGCCUAGAUUUGGCCAGUUUGAUAGUGCUUCUCCAAAUACUCCUCCAAGAGACUUUAGUGGUAACGGUAAUAGGGGUUAUCACAGUGGAAGUGGGGGUAAAGGAAGAUUUAACAACGGCUCGUCUCCAGCGUAUACACCGCGUAGACAGAAUCCGAGUCCUCGUGGCGCUUCUUACAGAAAUUCUCCAUACCAUUCACCAAGUCCUGGACAACAUAUGGGUUAUCAGGGUUCCCCUCGGCAUUCCACUCCGUUUGGGCCGCGUGGUGGCAGAGGCCAGGGGGCACAAGGUGGUGUGGAGAAGUUUUACAACGCUUCUAUGCUGCAGGACCCAUGGGCUAGCCUACAGCCAGUGCCGGUCACGAGCACAACCAGCUCCCAACAGCAAACCACACAUACAGGCAGGCCAGGGAGAUAUUUCAACUAGGACUUUCCCCUUCAAACCAUGCAGAUGAGGCCUCAAACCUUUCCGUUUCAUAUUUGCCCUGUCCUUUUCUUUUGUUUCGGACUAUUACCAAAAACCAUUGAAGUGUGGUAAAGUUGCCUAUAACACAGACUAUAUAUAGUACAGCAGUCUUUGAAGAUGUCAGAGGAUUCACCAGCAAUUGUUAGCGGACACACACUGUCCACUAUCUGAAGCUCUUUUCCAGCACACCUUGUGAUCACACCUUUACUUUUUAAACCUGAUCGUGGGACUUACUCAAUUUCAGGGCAAAUGGCAGCAUACUAAAAACCAAACACAGGGAAUCAAUUAUAUUCGAAAAAUUCUUUAGUGAAUUUUUUUGUUUUAUCCAUUUUGCAGGCUAGUUUAAUACCAUACAUGGUAUGUCUGUGUGUACCUUUUUAAUCAUGUGUUUCCCGUUUUUAACAUUGUGUCAGUAUAAAGUGUUGAUUAGUAAGGGGACCUUUUUAUUUAUUUUUACCCCUCAGAAGGACAGCUGUGAAUCUCUAGGUCUGUAUCCACAAAGCAUAUCCCAGUAGGAAUGCUGCUCCACAAUCAGUGUUGCCUUUUUGUUUUUUAAAUAAAACCAUAGUGAAUCAGAUUACGUGGACAGAUUCCUAGAUCAUUUUACAUUUACAUUUAAGUCAUUUAGCAGACGCUCUUAUCCAGAGCGACUUACAAAUUGGUGCGUUCACCUUAAGACAUCAGCACUCCUACUGUGACGUUUUUGUGGAUACGGGCCCUGAUCUCCACAGGUUAGCAUUGCGUUGGAAGAACUGAUUGAUUAGUCGGGUCUAGCCUGUUAUGAUGGACUGUAUAAACCUCCCAUUUGUUCUAGGCCUAUUUCUAAUGAUAUUACAUGUGAAAUGUAUUUUUACUGCUAUUUCAAGAUGGGCAAUAUAAACCAGUGACUUGUCACUGCCUCAGGUUUCUACAUGUGUAAAUAUGUAUUCUAAAGGAUAUGUGUUUUCUUUAUUGUCGAGAAAUAUCAUUUGGAAGUUUGGUGCAAUUGUUUGUAGUAAAUUCAAAAAUGGUUAAAAAAAAACGGUUGUGAUUAGUUUGACUUAAGACAAUUGCCCGCAGCGUAUCACCCUUGCCCUGUGUAGGGUGCAGUCUUUUGGAUGGGAUGUUAAAAUGGUUGUCCUGACGCUCUGGUCAUGAGGUGUUAACCCUGGUGUCCUGGCUAAAUUCCCAACCUAGCCCCAUUUCCAUCAAGGCCACCUAAUCACCCCCCUCAUUUCUAAUUGGCAUAUCACUCCUCACCUGAUGGGUGGUGAGCGUUGGUGGCUGUGCAUCACCCAGGUGGGCGAGGUGAUUGUUUUUUUCCCCCUCGUACUAUGUGAAGUGCUUUGAGUACCUCGGUUGGUAGUAAAGCGUUAGAUAAACCUGAUCCAUUUAUUACUUCCUUAUGAUUGGCCAAAGACUUAGGCCUACUCGAUUAUGUAAAUGCAUGAGUGGCUUCCUUAUAUAAUCUGUUUAACUUUUAAGUCUCGAUAUAUGAUUUUACAAAUUGACAUGGUGCUUGUCCCUUAUGCAACAGUACUACAUACUUUUGUCUAUGUAUAUACACUCACAUGUGAAAAUGUAGUUUACUCUGGUUUGACAUUUCUAUUAAAGAUUGCUUUAACUUUUA